UCCAUUCAUCCCCUCACCACCAGAGCCCGUUUUUCCCCACAGCAUUGCAUCAUCACCACCUCCCCUUGUUAAUUCCGCUCGUCCCCACGCACUCCUGCCACACUUAUUGUAGUUUUUCACCCAGGUCCAUAGCGGAGAGCCCGCAAACAAGGCUGCAGCGAGUCCUCGCUGCAAAUGUCUCUGUGGGUGACACUGGGGGGAGCAGGGCCGAGCAUCCCCCUCUGCUGCCCGGGGAAGCCGCUCGGCCGGGGCCCAGGAGGUGCCCUUCUCCAGCGGGGCGCUACCAGGAUGCUCCAAGCAGGAGGUGACGUCCCAGUGGGGGGGACACGAGGAGAAGGGCUGAGACACAGAGGAGCUCUCCUGCGUGAAGCAUGUUCGGGGGGAGACAGGGGGCUGCAGGUUGACCUUCCCAUCCCCUAACUUCCUCCCUGCCCAUCCCUGGUCCAUGGGUGCCCCCCUCCCCGCCCUCCCCUCCUCCCUCAACUCCAGCGCCGAGGAAGCCGAGCCGGAGGCAGUGCUGAGCCGGAUAUGCAGCGACUCCCCGCAUCCCUCCUUGGCAGAGCGCGGUGACGCCGCGGCAGCCACCACGGAGAGGACACAGGACCCCCCCCUGGGCCCGCCAUGCCCCUUUGAGGGGGUGGCCUGGACCCCGAGACCCCCGCAGGGCCCCCCGCAGGGCUGCUUCGCCUGCAUCGCCAAGCCCCCGGCUCUCCGGCAAGCUUCGCCCGUCCUGUCUCCCUCUUCUGCCGUUUAUCUCAUGGAGAGCAAGAGCUGCAAAGGGGACAGCCUGCGGCCAGCGGUCCCGUGCAAGCACUCGGUGGAGAAGAAGACGAUGACCAACCCCACCACUGUCAUCGAAAUCUACCCCGACACCACCGAGGUGAACGACUACUAUCUCUGGUCCAUCUUCAACUUUGUAUACCUCAACUUCUGCUGCCUCGGCUUCAUCGCCUUGGCCUAUUCAUUGAAAGUCCGGGAUAAGAAACUCCUCAAUGACUUAAAUGGAGCAGUUGAAGAUGCCAAGACAGCCCGGCUUUUUAACAUCACCAGCUCAGCCCUUGCCACCUUCUGCAUCAUCCUUAUCUUCAUCUUCCUGCGAUACCCUCUCACUGACUACUGAGUGAGGCCAACAGCAGCUGCUGCCGCCAAAAUGCCUCUAUGCCAGAAGUGUCUGCAGUUUCUUGUAGCAAGGACACACAAAUCAAGCCAACCACUACACCUUGAUUGCCAAAAAAAAAAAAAUAAGGUCAAUUAAAUACAUAAAUAAAUGUUAAAUCAGUUUAUCAGCCCAGCUGAGCAUACCUUUCUUGCCCUGAAAUGGUAUGUGAACAGCUGAAGGAGAGGGUCUCACUCUUACACAUGUACAGGAAAAAAAAUAGACCAAGAAAUAUUUGUUUUAUGGCCAACAAGCUGUGUGAAAAGAGCGUGCAAAGCCCAGAGCUACGCACACUUAGUGGCAGACAGCUGAGCUCUGGGAACCAGUGGGGUCCUGUGGAGCUGGAGACACAUGCAGUGAUGGAUGGGGAUCAUGGCAGGGUUGGCUUACAACAUAUCAGGUGUGUUCAGACCGCCCCACCACCCUCAGCUUGUGGGGGUUUCUUUUCCUCUUUUUGUCUCUUGAAUUUCAUCCACUGGUUCAAACAACUCCCAACCCCUGGAGAGCUGAAGUGUUAGGAAGUUUAUGCUGGGGAGCCCCAAAGCCUCCAGAGAAACCCCAAGGUGUUAAAGGGCAGGUUUCUCCUUGGGAUCUCCCAGCAGUGCUGAGAAGGAAGGCACCUUCUGGAGAACUCGCCUACGCCACCUAAUUGGAGUGCUACUGUAUUUCUGUAAACAGUCAAUAAAAAGAUACCUCUGAUAUGUGA